UCAAAGCGGUUUCGAGCAGCCGGCAGCUCCAGAUCCCGAGUAUGGUCCCCAAAAUUUCGUGGGAUAUCAGACGAGUCGAAAGAAGGAAGAUUGGCGCCCUAAUCUGAUACAUAAAACGGCUCAGAUAAGUGGAGUUACUUCCACAAAGCCUCAUCUUUACACAGACUAUGACAGGCUAAGGAAUGAGAAUAUUUUAAAACAGCUUGUUCCUUUUCACAAGAGUUUAGAUGAAGUAGAUAGUGUAAUAAAAGAGACAUCAAAUUCGUCACCGAACACCAAACCCAUUUUGAUCAGUCAAGUCAAUUCCGAAGUUGUCAAGCGAGCCACUUCCACUGAGUUGCAUUCUCUAUCUUCUUCAGUAUUAACAGCGCAUAGUGAUGCCAAAUGGACAAGAAUAACUGAUGACUUGUACGUCUAUAGUUCGUUCUGGGACGACCGAGCGGCCUUUCAUGCCCCUUUCUCUAGGACGUUAGGAAUACUCAAAUAUAACGAGAGCUUCGCUGUGAAGCAGGGAUUUCAACCUACUGGUGAAUUGAAGCCAGAGGCUGCGAAUGUUAUCUGCUAUUUGUGGCAUUCAUCCUACAAUCAACCAGUGGUCGGUAGAGUAACAAUUUCGUUCUAUGAGGAACGCUUUGAUUCAUUCGUAGGGAUCUUCCUCAAGUGUCAUCCUCCAUUUCCAGCGAACUUUACUCAUUCAAGCGAUCAAGCUUCAACAAUGCGAUCUAUUUCUAACUUUUAUGCCGUUUCGUUCAUUCCUAAAGUCUCGAUUGACUAUCCUCACAAAAUGAUUUACUUUGAAAAUUCAUCUCCAGACGCGAAUAGACCAAGGAAUACGCGUAGUUCGGCUGUGUGCGUUCGUCCAUUGUACGGUCCCUACAACGGUACUGACUCUCUACUUCAGUUCGUGAUAUACUACUCAGCUGUUUUGCACGUUAAUCAAUUUUAUUUUUAUGACCUCGCGAUGUCUCAUUCAAUAAAAGAGCUAAUGAGGAAGCUCCAAGAUGCGGGGAUGGCCCUUGAAGUAAUAUCUUGGAAUUUGCCUACUGGAAGCUGGUCAGAGCUAUGGGACUAUGGCUCCCUGUCAGCCAUGAACGAUUGUGUGUAUCGCGCCAUGAGGAAAUUUGACCACGUCAUUAUAGUAGAUAUAGAUGAGUUCUUGGUAUCUAAGACCAAAUCCAACGUUGCAAAUAUUUACGAAAGCGUACUGCGUCAAAAAACUGGUAAGCAUGGCGAUGCCGUACUCGUUCCCAACGUCUUUUUCUGUUCGGAAUUCGCGGGCAACCUCGAGCCAACAGGGAAGAAGAUCACCGGAGCUCCAAGCUAUCGCUUCAAGUUACCCAUAUUCAAGAAAGUCAUUCGUGAGUCACGCGCCUGGCCUGCGACUAUCCGUUCUAAGUUAUUACUCACGCCCGGCACGGUAGAAUCUGUUGGCCACCACAUGGUGAACCAUUUUGUAGCACCUUCGUAUAUAAACCUAGGAGCAUCAACGUCACAGGUUGUCAUGAAUCACUACCGCGACUGCAAAGGUCUGCAUCACGGCCUCAACAACACAGGACUUACCGUUCUCGGACAGCCCACUGCCCGCGACAUCACCAUGUUGAAAUACGUGGACAUUUUCAUGAAAAGUAAACUGAUGAAAAAGUUCAAGGAAUAUUUACUGUGAUAUUUAUUUUCUGUCAUGUGUUUCGUUACGUAACAUCUUUAAGGUAAUUUUCCGAAGACCAUUCUACAGUUAUCUGCAUUUUUACAUAAUAGAGACUAAGGCAAAAUCUAUUAUAAA